UUGUUUCUGGCCUGGGGACGAGCAGGGAAGGUUUUUAUGAGCAGCUGGAUUGUGUGCAGUUUGAGUUGAUGGUAUUGGACCCGACUUGCGGAUUAUUACUGAAGAGCAUGAGGGUUGGAAAAUCUGCUCGAUCGAUCAAACACUCGCCAGGUUUACAGUUGGAGAAAACCACCAUCUCACCUUGAUCAGUCGAACCAUGGGUCUCAACUCCUCCAAACUAUCCCGAUCAACUGCAACCGCCGUAGCUCAGAAGAAUGUUAAACCAACACCUACGAAAUCGGCCACGAGUGGUGUGAGUUUCACCAAAACGAAUGAAAUCAAGCAGGAUGGCUUUGAUCCUCACCUCGGUCACAUGUUGAACAAGUUAGGCCCAGUCCAAGUACCCAAGUUAUCGACAAAUUUCCAUCCGAAAGAUAACAUGUUAAGGAUCUUAGAGAACAGGGGAAAUUAUUCCUCCGAUCGUACAAAUGAACACGAGCUAUCAUCAUCACCUUCCAACACACAAGACCCGACCAGGAAACGUGAAACGAGAUUGGACUUAACGACGAUCGUAGAAUUGAUUAGACGACAUCAUAUCCAACAAGGAAGUAUCGAUCCAUCAUUCUCCAAUUUCGAUCAAGAAGAUUUGGAAAAGCUAUCGAAAAACAUCGACCCAGAUACUUAUCAGUACUUAAUUCGACAUUUCCAUCCGAUCGAUAAUGUCAAAUUGGUCAAGAAUCCCAAUCCAAACCAACGUGAUGAACCUAUCAAAAUGGCUUAUUGGUCUCGACCGCUACCCCAAACAUCCAAGUCAAUGUAACCUAUAAAAUGAAUGUAUUUUUCUCCUACCAGCCUAGACCUGACGUUUUUAAAUGAACACAAAUCGGAUUUCACAAUCCCAGAGCUCAUCAAGCUUGCUCAAUCUACAUUGUAUAUAUACCCAGCCUUUUACACCAACGAUGUUACAGCUGAU